UAAAACAUCGGCUUGGAGCGGAUCUGCUGCUUUUUGUCUGGUAUCUUCCGUCUCCAGUCUGCGCUCCUGCGGUCAUGGGACAAGAUGCUGCCGCUCCGCCGAGGCGCUCCUUCCUCUGCUAACUUUUGCGCCAUGGAAACCGCCGCACUUUGUAGAACCGGUGGCACCUUUGCGCUCUCUGGGACUUCACUGACUUUUCUUUUUGUCUUUUUCAGAAUGUUAGAAUAUGUUGAGAUGUUUGCAGCUUGGAAGAUCGCUGGGAACAGGUAGAGAGCGCUGGGAAUCGCUCUCUACCUGUGAGAAACUAAGCUCUCUAAGAGUUGCGACCUGAAGGUUUUUCUUUCUACUUUCAAGUGCACAUUUUCGCGGGCUCUUAUGGGAAUUAGACACUCGUCUCGCUGCAUGCUCCUCAGGAGAAAAAUGGCGGAGUCUGAGAGCGGUGAGCAGCCUCAGUCCCAGCCGGGACCCGUCCGCAUUAUUCCGUCUCAGUCAGCGCAGCCGACCUCGCUGCCCAAGCCUGUGCCUUCUGUCCAGCCUGCGUCUCGGCCCGCUCUGCCUCCUCACACCCCCCACGCCGCCGGCCUGCCCAGCUGCCCCGGCCGGGGCAAGAUGGCCAAGUUCCUCAACCCAGACGAGAUGACGUCACGGGACUACUACUUUGACUCUUACGCCCACUUUGGGAUUCAUGAGGAAAUGCUGAAGGAUGAGGUGAGGACGCUCACCUACAGGAACUCCAUGUACCACAACAAGCACAUCUUCAAGGACAAAGUGGUUCUGGAUGUGGGGAGUGGGACGGGGAUCCUGUCCAUGUUCGCCGCCAAGGCCGGAGCGAAACACGUCUACGGGAUCGAGUGUUCCAGUAUAUCAGAGUACUCAGAGCGGAUCAUCAAGUCCAACCACCUGGACAGCGUUAUCACCAUAUUCAAAGGAAAGGUGGAGGAGGUGGAGCUUCCUGUGGAGAAGGUCGACAUCAUCAUAUCUGAGUGGAUGGGCUACAGUCUGUUCUACGAAUCCAUGCUCAACACCGUCAUCUUCGCAAGGGACAAGUGGCUGAAGGCUGGUGGACUGAUGUUUCCGGACCGAGCCUCCCUCUACGUGUUGGCCAUCGAAGACAGGCAGUACAAAGACUUCAAAAUACAUUGGUGGGAGAACGUGUACGGCUUUGACAUGAGCUGCAUCCGAAACGUGGCCAUGAAGGAGCCGCUGGUGGACGUGGUGGACCCCAAGCAGGUGGUGACCAACUCCUGCCUGGUCAAGGAAGUGGACAUCUACACAGUGAAACCUGACGACCUCUCAUUCACCUCAGCCUUCUGCUUACAAAUCCAGAGGAACGACUACAUCCAUGCUCUGGUCACCUACUUUAACAUCGAGUUCACCAAGUGUCACAAGAAGACUGGAUUCUCCACAGCUCCAGAUGCUGCAUACACACACUGGAAGCAAACCGUUUUCUACCUGGAGGAUUAUCUAACCGUGAGGAGAGGAGAAGAAAUCGUUGGCAGCAUCACAAUGAAGCCCAAUGAGAAAAACAUACGUGACUUGGACUUCACUUUUGAACUGGAUUUCAAAGGGCAGCUGUGUGAGGCUGCCAUCUCCCACGACUACAAGAUGCGUUAGAUUGGACAGCGGCGUCCUGCAGAGCGCAACAUGGAGGACGGAGACGCAGAUUCCUGAGGACAGACGGACGCACAGUGGGACCGGCAUCAUCAUGUCCUAUGAUGAUGAUGAUGAUAAAAGUGAGACUUUGUAAGGAGAGCAGGAAAUCAUUUUUGCAGACUGUUAAAAUUAUUCUGAAUGUAAAACAAACAGGUCAGUAAUACUUUCUAGCACUGAUGAAUGUUAUUGAUAAUUGUGUUCAUGUGAGAUGGAGUCCUGUACCUGUAGAAUAUGGUCUGGAUUUGCUCAUUUCAAAACAGUGAGUGUAAAAAGUAUUCACACCCUGGAUGUUUUACCCUUUUUAUAUUAAUUUUACAAAACAAUCAUGAGCAACAAAAUUAGAUUUUUUUGAUAAAAAAAACUUUAUUGUUAACGUGAAAAAUUAUUUCUACAAUGACAAAAACAUAACAUCAGUGUUCUGCACUGCUAACCAAAAAAUGAGUGCUAACCCUAAAGCACUAACUAUCUCUGCUAACGCUAAAGCGCUAAACCACCACAGUAUUUAGCAGAAGCUAAUGAAUACUGAAGUUCUAAAUUCAGUGAAAUUUUUGAAACCCAUGCUCUAGAUUUUUACCCCCGAUCAGGAGGGAGACUCAAUGUACACAAGAGAUCAUUCAGUGAGGCGUCC